AUGUCCCAAGAGGCCCCGAAAGACCUAGCAACGAGAGAGCCCACAGGGAGACCACCAAAACGCAAAUACAUCAAUAGGGCCUCUAACCCCGGAAAGUGUGACGGGAAGAAGCCAGCAUGCUCUCGCUGUCUCGCGCGAGGAGUCGAAUGUUCAUAUUCGACUGAAGAAGAUGGCCGACGGCCAGCAUCCAAGACUUACGUGCUGCUCUUGAGGCGACGGAUUGAGCAUCUAGAACGGCUGUUGCUGUUGCAAGGGGUUGCACAUUCUCCACCGGUUCCUGGGCGACUGGAAGCCAACCAUGAAGAGCUCACAGAGCCCACUCUCGCAAAUGACUCCCUCUUAUCCUCUGACUAUGAAGAUAUCUGCUCAUCAUUCGAAGGGGCGCUAUGUUUAGAUGCAUCACUGAACUUCGACCGGGACGGCCAGCCUCGAUACUUUGGCGCUACCAGCGGGCGUCUGGACUUUCAGCCUCAUUCCAGCGGGAAUGGCGAUGCGCAGGCAGAAACAGAUUCCAUUCAAUCAUCAGAUCGCGGGCGAGCUCGCAGCAUCAUCCAAAAUUUGGAGUCGGGGCCCAGAUAUCAAGAUUCGGAAGAGCUAGAAUCGCAGUUGGUCGAUCUUUACUUUACAUGGGAGCAACCUUGGAAGCAGGUUGUUGAUGAGAAGCUAUUCAGGGAAAGUAGGAGAACCGAGGGCAAGUAUUUUAGUCCCUUGCUGCUGAAUACUAUCCUGGCCUUUGGCUCUCGGUUGUGCGACAGACUGGAAGUGAGAUCAGAUCCGGAUGACCCAAACACCGCGGGAAAAUUGUUCCUUGAGAGAGCUGAGGCAUUACUUCCUUUCGAUUUGAAGUGGCCCACCAUCACGACUAUACAAGCCUGUGCCAUUUUGGGAACACUUUACGUUGCUAUGGGAUCUGAUGCAGCGGGAUGGUUACAUCUAGGAAUGGCGUCUCGAUUGGCGCUUGAUAUGGGAUUUAAUCACGAUCCAGCAACAUUCAAAGGCUCAUUAACCGCAGAGGAAGUCGAACUUAGAAGGCGGAUAUAUUGGGCGUUAUACUGCGACGACAAACUCUUUUCAAGCUAUACUGGCCGAGUUUGCACGAUGCUUGACUCUCAGGGGGCCAUCAAUUUGCCUUCUAUUACGGAGAUAUCGGCCAUGAAUAAGAAGACACAGGAACUGGAAACCGCUUUUAGUGUAUCUGAGAGAGAGCUACUGCCGUUACGUAGAGCGUUGGCAACGCACUGUCGGAUAUUGGAAAAGAUCUUACUCACGUUGUAUGCACCCAAGCCGAUGACUCGAACGUCUCAAAGGAAGUCUUUUCGUGACUCUUGUAUAUUGGAGCUGAAGAACUGGUUUUAUGAUCUCCCUCCCGGGCUACGAAUUGAUCGGCCAAGAACUGGAAUGCUUCCUCAGGUAUUCACAUUGCAUAUGGUUCACUAUACUGCAGUCAUACUUCUCCUGAAGCCUUUUAUUUUCACUGGCGAAGAUGGAACCUCCCAAAAGGCAGACCUUCCAUCAAACACGGGCGACGCUGCCUCAGAAAGCUCCCUCGCUUUGUGCUAUGAAGCUGCUAGGCAAAUUUGUAUUGUGGCGAGAAAAUACCGUCAAGUAUUCGGCAGCUUCCGAAAGAGCCCGAUAACAGCAACUCAUUGCACACUGUCGGCGGCGCUGUUUUUACUGAAAAAAAUGAGGCACGACGGCGGUGAAAUCAAAUGUUCCGACCGCAACCUUUUCCAGGCUUGCCUCAAGACAUUGAAAGAACUCGGCAUAUCUUGGUACCCAGCAUGGCGCUACUGGAAAAGUCUCUCGGACACAUUCACUGCUUCCCGCAACAAUGCUGGCAACUCAGCCAUGUCUGACUCUGCUUUGAGUUCCGGGUUAGAUGCAUACCAAAAUAUUCUCCAAGAAGUCCAGGGAGAUGCUCCUGAAUGUUCUAUAGAUGAACAAGGGUCUGCGGGUUCCCCGCAGAGCCUGACAUGGUCGAAUAAUAUGGACUGGGCAAUUAAUCUGCCUGAAGAUCUGGAUCAUGCUGCUGCAGAUCAGCAAGACCUUGGUAGUCACAUCGACUCCAGACCCGACGUGUCAUACUGGCCAGAUCUUGAUGCUGGAUUCAUGUUUGACUCACUCCCAGCUGAUUAUACCAACUUGAACUUUUCCAACCGGACGACCUGA